GAGCCUGGUUUCCCCACAAGUUUUCACGGUGUCUCUGUCUCUCCCUCUCUCUCAGGUCUCCUACGUAAAAGCGAUUGACAUCUGGAUGGCAGUGUGCCUUCUGUUUGUGUUUGCAGCCUUACUGGAAUAUGCAGCAGUGAACUUUGUCUCCAGGCAGCACAAGGAGUUUCUGCGGCUCCGGAGAAGGCAGAAGAGGCAGAAUAAGGAAGAAGAUGUUACUCGUGAAAGUCGUUUUAAUUUCAGUGGUUACGGGAUGGGUCACUGCCUUCAAGUGAAAGAUGGAACAGCUGUCAAGGCCACACCUGCCAGCCAGCUCCCACAGCCCCCCAAAGAUGCAGAUGCCAUCAAGAAGAAGUUUGUAGACCGGGCAAAAAGGAUUGACACGAUUUCUCGAGCUGCCUUCCCAUUGGCCUUCCUCAUUUUCAACAUCUUUUACUGGAUCACAUACAAGAUCAUUCGGCAUGAAGAUGUCCACAAGAAAUAGAUGUGCUCUUCAGACCCUGGGACCUUCUUGCCUAACUGUUGUGCUUGUAAAUACACAGUGAAA